UAUGAUAUCUCGAUUGUCUCUCACGGCAUUUGAUUCAAUAAUAGGUCUGUUCAACCAAUUAAACACUGACACGUACUUGUUCCUUCGCAUCGUUUGGGCAGAUAUUCAGACAUUAAACGCAACGUGUCAAUCGCUGUGGUCUCAACUAUGGACGCCGUUUUAUAUCUCAACUAUGGACGCCGUUUUAUAUAAUCUCAUUUACUCUUCUUCUUCUUGAGACGAGGUGUUACCAAACACUCCCCCUGUACCACAACGAAAACCAUCAAUGAGUGCAAACCAGAGAUUAAGACCGAACUCCCUGAGUCAGGGUUCGGACUCAUCGAGUGACUCGGGGAUACUCAACGAGCGAAUACUCGUGCUAGUUUUCGAGUCGAUUAACUGGGAUAUUCAAACGAUCUGCUCAGCCGCGUCGGUGAAUCGGAAACUCAGAGCAUUGGCGGAGCGAUAUCUUUGGCGGGAGCUGUGUGUGUAUCGCGCUCCGCGUAUGGUAGCGACAUUGACGAACGGUGCGCCGGCUACGCGCAUGGGCGGUGGUUGGCACACACUUGCGAAGCUCAUGUUCUUCUGCUGCGGGUGCGAGUCGACUCGGCAAUUCCGAGUGAGCGAAUCGUCGCCGGGUCACUUCGUGAAGUCAUCCCGGUUCUCGAAGACUUCGGGACGGAGCUUCUUGGUGAAGGAGUGCCGGAGCGAUUUGCUGUUCGUGAGCGACCCGUGCGAGCAUCCGAUGGGGGAGAAGAAAGACGAUUUGGGGAUCUACAGAGGGGUAUUUCAGGGAUUCUUGAGAUCGAAGACGAGAGCGUGCCUGCUCAGACGACAAGUGGAGCUCGAUGAGAGGGUCCGGUGUCCGUACUGCGGGUCCCGCGUGUGGAGCAUGAAGACGGCUCGGCUCAUUCCGAAGAGCGCGUCUCGGCGGCUCGGCUCGCACGAUGGAGAGUUGGAGUAUUUCGUCUGCAUUAAUGGUCACCUCCAUGGAGCUUGCUGGCUGGUGCCGUUAUCUGAUGACGACGACAACAGCGAGGAUGAUAAGGAAGGAAACGACAAUGAAGACGACGAAGACGACGAUUGUGGAGUUGAAGGAGAAGAUGAGGCGGCGCAGGGAGUUGGUCGUUGCGACGAUGAUCGGACGGUGGAAUAUGGGAAAGUGGCUUCCACGCGAGGCCCGGAUGAAGGUGGUCGGGAUGAGUGGGGUCCACUGAAUGACUUGGCUUGCGAACCCGGUAUUGGUUAUCCUCGCACAGCUUCUUUCCUCCCGUUGACUGGUUGACCAUGACGGUUGAUGUAUAUUUCUUUUACUGAAGGCAAGGCAUGAAUGAAGGAGAGGGAGAAGAUCAUGAUGUGGCAUUUGAACACAACGAUUUUGGGUUGACGUUAGAAACUCAAAUCAUGUGUUGUGUAAUUUUUGUUUACGUGAGUUGGCACAUAUGACAGGAUGCUCUGUAGUAGUAUAACCUUUUUUUAGUAAUUGAUCUCUCUUCAAUUUUUACUCUCUUGAGUUUUGACUGCGUUCCUGGAUUUUUACCAUUGCUAUACAAAUUAUUAUUUUUUAGGUC